AUGAAUCACAGCACGGCUCAUCUUCCCCGGCCAGCCAGGGUGCAGAAGAGGAGGAACGACCUCAUUUGCUGCUCUUGUUUUCUUCUUCUUCUUCUUCUUCUUCUUCUUCUUCUUCUUCUUCUUCUUCUUCUUCUUCUUCUUAAUAAUAAUAAUAAUAUUUCCAUUAUCUUCGUUGUCAUCGUCUUCUUUCUUCUUCCUUCUAUUCUUUCCUCUUCUUUUACUUCUUCCUCUUCAUUCUUCUUCUUCCUCUUCCUCCUUUUCUUCUUCUUCUUUCUUCUAUUUCUUCUUCUUUCUUCUUCUACUUCAUCAUCUUCUACAUCUUUUUCUUCUUUCGUCUUUCUUCUUUUUCUUCUUUUUCUUUAUUCUUCUACUCCUUCUUCUACCUCUUUCCUCACCAUCCACUCUUUCUUCUUCUCAAUCAUCUUUCUUUCUAUCCAGUUUCCUCCUGAUAUCUUAACUAUUUUCUUUCUUUAUUCACUCACCGUCUCUCUCUCUCUCUCUCUCUCUCUCUCUCUCUCUCUCUCUCUCUCUCUCUUUCUCCCUCUUUCCCUCUCUCUACAUUGCAAGAUUUCUUCUUUUUCUUCGAAUAUUUCUCUAUAUCUCUUUCUCUUUUUUAAAUCUCGUCUUCCAUUUUCUUCAUUGCUCCCUCUCUCUCUCUCUCUCUCUCUCUCUCUCUCUCUCUCUCUGAUAAACUCGCGGCUAUCUUAUUUCCCCCUUUUCUGUCCUGAUUCUUCUUCUUCUUCUUCUUCUUCUUCUUCUUCUUCUUCUUCUUCUUCUUCUUCUUUGUGUCUGUUUUUCAUUUUAUCCCUAUUGACAUAUUUUUCACUUUCCAAUACCUCUAUAACCUCUUCUCUGUUUUUCUUCUCCUCCUACUACUACUUCACAUUAUUAUUAUUAUUAUUAUUAUUAUUAUUAUUAUUAUUAUUAUUAUUAUUAUUUAGUCAUUCGUUUCUGUUACAGUAUCUAUUACUUUUUUCUUUUUUAUAUUGUCUUCCCAAGUUUCCGAUAAAACAUCUUCAUUAUUUAGAUUUAUUCUUUUUCCUGUUUUUCAUUUACGUACUUCUCUUGCACAAUCCACUUCUUCUUCGUCUUCUUCUUCUUGCUUCUUCGUCUUUCUUUUUCUUCUUUUAUUCUGAAGGCUUUUAA